AGAGUAGACAUUAUUAUAAAAUAAUGAACGAAGAGUUGCUUCCUAUCAGUGGUUUGACGGAGGUAAAUAAAGGUAAUAGGCUAAGUGAAGAAGUUGGCCUGGUAGACAUUUUCACAAAAGUACAACAAGCACUUGAUAUAUCAAACGAAACAACGCAACUAGAAGAUGAAAAGUUUCAACAGCGCACCUUGAUAAGAUAUAAAGCUGAUUUUGAUGAUCCAGAUGAACUUGUUAAAUUGGAAGCUAUUCCGUUAGUUUCAAUGAAUCAAGAUGAAUAUUUACGAAUGCUUAUUGAAAUGUCAUGGUUUCCAUGUAGACCAAAAAUUAUGAAUAAAGAGACAAUUACAAAAACUUUACUCAAACAUUUAGACAAUAUACAUGAUUGGAGCGAUUUACGUCAAGUUGAAAUAUCAAUUAUAACAUUACAAAGUUAA